UAGCAUAAAAUAAACUUUAUUUCAAAAAAAAAUUCACAAAGCUUAAAUUUCAUCGUGCUCGAAGGGGUGAUAUUUGUGCCCGUAACCACUAUAAAAAAAAAACAGAAAUAAUAAUUUUGUAUAUUUUCCAAUGAAAAAAAUUACUUACGCUGCUAAAGGGCACAAUCUUCCAUUAACAUCGAAUCCAUCCAAAUAAGCAAUAUCCUCUGGGGCCAACUUAAAAUCGAAUAUGUCAAAGUUUUGCUGAAUCCUGGAUUUGGUCACGGACUUGGGAAUCGUAAUCACUUCUCUGUCUAGCUGAUACCUAAGCAAAAUUUGCGCGGGAGUUUUAUUGUAUUUUUUAGCCAAAUCGACCAGUUUUGGAUCUUCCAUCAGUUGCGGAUCGCCGGGCUGAGCCCAAGGCCUAUCCGGAGAACCCAAAGGACUGUAAGCGGUGAUUGCAAGGCCCUUAGAUUUGGCAAACUGGAUAAGUCUGCUUUGGUUCAAGUAGGGAUGGCAUUCAAUUUGCAGCACGGCGGGUUGAAUUGUACAGUUUUCCAAAAUCCUAGUGAUUUGUGCUUUAUUGAAGUUGGAAAAACCAAUAGAUUUGGUCAGGUCUUUUCUGACCAAUUCUUCCAUGGCUUUCCAGGUGUCCAAAUAAUCGACGUCGCUGAAAAUGAUGUUGCCUGCUUCGUCUUUGGGCAUAUUUUCACCACCUUCCUAAAUUAAUAGAUUACAAUAAGAAUAAUUUUUAAUAUAAUUACUAAUAAACAAACCUUGUAUCCAGUUGGCCAAUGGAUAAGGUAAAGGUCCAAAUAAUCUAGACCCAAACCGCUCAAAGACUUUUUAAUGUUUACCUCAACGAGGUCUGGUCUGUGAUAAGUGUUCCAUAAUUUACUAGAAAAUGUUAGUUGAAAUAAAAAUAUCUUCAAGAGGUAUAAAGGUAUACCUGGUAAUCCAAAGAUCUUCCCUUUUGACAGUACCAUCGGCAAAUUUGGCCCGCAAAGCGGCACCUACUUCGUUUUCGUUGCCGUAGGCGAAAGCACAGUCAAUGUGACGGUAGCCGAUGUCAAUGGCAUCUUUUACAGCUUGUUCAACUUCACCCGGUUUGGACUGGAACAAAAAAAUACUUAUUUAAGUUUGACUUUAUUUUUAUCAAGUUGAGUGAAGAAGUAGAAAAUUGGAUAUUCAAAUUAAAACAUCAAAGUCAGAAUCUGCAAGCUUUUCUUCCUUUUGCUAUUUCAUUGAUUCACGUUUCCGAGAGAAUGAUCAAGGUUUGUUGGUUUGAUGAUUCUUUUACAUCGAUAUCAGUAAUAUCAGAAUUUUCUGAUUGAUAACAGGCCUCAAUACAAUCGUCACUCCCACUAUCUAAGUCAAAAUUAUGAUUACAAAGGUCUCAAUUAUUGUCCAUUCUCAAGACAAUAUCCAAAUAAUGACACGCAUCAAUAAGUUUAGUUUUAUUCAAGAACUUUCUAUAUCUUCAAAUUAUAGAACUUUUUAAAUUUUUGAUAUCUUCCAUUACCAAUAUCAGAUUCUAUGAAUUAUUCUAUUAAAAAAUUUGAAUCAAAUUAGCCAACGUUUCGAUUCUGAUCUGCAUCAACUUCAAGACCAGAUUUUUAUGGUUUGAAAUUCAUCAAAAAACACCACUGCUCAAGCUAGCAGAGUUAUUUGCUAUAGUUAAUUUUCAUUUCAAGAUACCCAUAAGUACAAAUCACAAAUUGAAAUCAGUGUAUAUUAGAUUCAAGCAAUAUUUAUUUAUUUGUUCAAAUAAUCAACAUAAAAUUUGAAACGUCAUCAUCAGUCUAUGAGGUCGAUCGGCUUUAGAUGGGUUGCCGUCCAGUGAUGUUUUUGAAGUUGGUUGUUUAGGCAGCUGAAAUCAGUAGCAAAAGUCUGCUCAUAGGUACCGUAAAAUGGGAACUUUCCAUAUUGGUAAGGAGUGUAGCUGGCGAGUUUGUCAGUUUGGUAGAAGUUCUCAGUUGGCAUGUAUUCAUAAGAAGGUUUGUAGCUUUGGUAUCCCAGUUGUGUGUAUCCAGAAACUUGGUUGUAAGAUUGGCUGUAUGGUCCAUAUUGGUAUCCAUGGGUGUAUGGUCCGUAUUGGUAUCCAUGGGUGUAUGGUCCGUAUUGGUAUCCAUGGCUGUAUGGUCCGUAUUCGAAUCCUUGGCUGUAUGGUCCGUAUUCGUAUCCUUGGCUGUAUGGUCCAUAUUGGUAUUGGUUGGUGAAUCCUUGGUAUUGGAUUCUUUGGAUCAUUGGCAAUACAUAUUGCAAUUGUUCAACGAUGUAGUAGAAACCUUCUCUUUGGGCGUACAAGUAAGCGUUGUUCAAGUAUUGGUAAGCUUGUUGGAGUUGUUUUUCGGCGUAUUGAGCCAUUGGUUGAGCCAUGUAGCCCUUUUGCCAGAAUUGGUAAGCGGUUUGGAAGUAUCUGUAGGCGAAGUUCAAUUGCUGGGAAAUGUAGUAGUAGUCGGCUUGAGGAUGGGCUUGAAUGUAUUGUUGGAUAUUUUCGAUGUAUUCGAUGAUUUGUUUGUAGUAUUGUUGUUGGCUGGAUCCAUAGUAUUGGAAUUGGUUGCCUCCCAAAUAUUGGUAUUGGUAAGCCUUUUGGAAGCUCAUGUAAGCGUAUUGCAAUUGUUGAACAAAAUAUUGGGGAAGGGUUUGUUGAUGUCCAAUGAAUUGGUAAACAGUUUGGAAGUAUUGGUAAGCUUGUUUCAUUUGCAUUACAUAGUAUUGAGCUACGUAGUAAGGAAUUUGGUAUUGUUCAACAUUUUCGAAGGUCCUGUAGACUACCAUAGCUUUUUCGAUGUAAGCCAACACUUGUUGCAAUUGUUCGUAAAUCUGGGUUUCAAAGCUCAUGUUUUCUUGUUUGUAGUAUUGCAGAGCACGUUGGAUGUACUGUUGAGCUUCCAACAAUUGCUGGUAGAUGAAUCUAGCUUGAACAUAGCUGAAGUUCAUUUUGCCUUGUUCCAGGAAGUAUUGGUGGAACGGUUGAGACACACGAGAUUCAACUUGUUGCAAAAUGUAUUGUUUGACUUCUUGAGGCAUGUCGGUUAGUUUGUAAUAGUAUUGGUAAAUUUCAUAGGGAGAUUGGAAGUAGGUCUGGUUCAAACCUAGUCCGUAUUGUUGAGAAAGGUAUUCGGCAACAAACCUAGGGAAACCAUGUUCCAAAAGGUAAUUCUGUACUUGAAUUGGAGUGUAACCAAGUUGUUGGGCUUGAUGGAAUUGGUAGGCAAUAAAUUGGGGUACAUGGUAGCUGUAGGCAUUACCUUGCUGGUAGAAUCUAGCUUCCGGAAGGUACUGGUACGUAGAUACUUCGUGGGUUUCCCUCAUAGGUACCGCCGCGGCGAAGGCGACAAGGGCCAAUAAGAUAACUGACUUCAUUGUUGGUUCUUCUACUUGCUGCUACUGCUGCGAGAACUAAGAACUUGAACUGAUGCUGUUCGAAGCCGCUCGGUGCGUAUUUAUAUUCGAAUUUUAUCGUUAUUACUGCGUUUAUCGGGAAAAAAU